AUGAGUGUGGAAAUAGGUACACAAUUGCAGUCGAAAGAGACGCCCAUUGACGCGGAGUAUUUGGCGGGGCUCGUUCAACAGAAUGCGAGUGUCGAGUCAUCGUCCUCGUCCAAUCAAUGGGCGCAAUCCAUCGCUGAGACCCUUUCUAAGAAGGAUUCGAGGUAUAAAUUCUUGGUGCUGGUAACCGAAGCUCAGAUUCCUGGAGAUUUGGACGCAGAUCUCAGCUUGAAGUCGUCAGUCGCAGCAGUGUGGGAUUCGGAAAAGGAUGGCUCGCUUACUGUUCAGAUUCCCGGAGAGCCCGUCCGUGUCUUGACAGUCUUCUGGGUGUAUGCCAAUUGA